GGUGCAGAUUUAUGCAAUGCCAGUGUUUGACAUGAUUGAAACUGUGAUGAUGAAGAAAUUGAAUUUUGAACCAGGCAGAAUGCUUCGUUUUGUUGUACGUAAUGUAUAUGUGGCAUUCACAAUGUUCAUUGCUAUUACCUUCCCAUUUUUCGAUGGUCUCCUAGGAUUUUUUGGAGGCUUUGCUUUUGCCAACAACAUACUUCGAGAUUCAGCUUGUCUUGGAUCAUUAACUGGGUAUCUUUGAAUUUAACUCGAUCUUGUUUCAAUAUU